GAAAGGACUUCUUCCAUUGCGCGCAGACAGAUUACUUUCCUGAGGUCUGAACUUCUGCACAUUAAAGAUGGAAAUAUAACAGUUCCUAUUUCAACAAAACUCGACACGAAUGGGUCUCCGUGAAGAAACUCUGCGGUUCGUGAUACCUGAUGGCAGAUGUGUGUCACCGACAUGACAGUAAAGGGUGAUGAUUGACAGGUAAACCCAGAAGAAAGCAUCGACCCGCUCGCCAACACCCAUCCGUGACCCGUCUUACCGGUGCGAUCCAGUCCAAAUCCUCCCGCAAUGAUCAACCAGCACAUUUCCCUGCAUUACAACUACACUGGGAAACUAAGCAUCCGCAAUGACACCGAAGGCGCCCCGUUGGACCCCAGAACGGCGGUGUUUUUGGUCGUUUGCAGCCUCAUCGUCUUGGAGAACCUAAUAGUGCUGGUGGCCAUCUGGCAAAACCACAAAUUCCAUAAACGGAUGUACUUUUUUAUCGCCAACCUGGCUCUGUGCGACUUGUUAGCCGCCGUGACUUAUAUAGUCAACCUGCUGAUGUCAGGACAGUGGACGCUACACUUGUCUCCAGCCGAGUGGUUUGUUCGAGAAGGGAGUGUGUUUGUAGCAUUAGGUGCUUCUAUUUUCAGCUUACUUGCGAUUGCGAUUGAACGCCACCUUACUAUGAUCAAAAUGAGGCCUUAUGACGCAAGCAAAAACUACCGGGUGUUUCUGCUCAUAGGAACGUGCUGGCUGAUCGCGAUCACUCUGGGAGCACUGCCUGUUUUAGGCUGGAACUGUUUAGAAGAUCUUCCUCAGUGCUCCACCAUCUUACCGCUUUACAGCAAGAGCUACGUCGCGUUCUGCAUCACCAUCUUCAUCUCGCUCCUGCUGGCCAUCUCCGUCCUCUACGCCCGCAUUUACGCCCUGGUGAAGAGCAGCAGCCGCAAAGUCACCAAGCACAGCAACUGCGAGCGCUCCAUGGCCCUCCUGCGCACCGUCAGCAUCGUGGUGGGCGUCUUCAUCGCCUGCUGGACGCCCAUCUUCGCGCUGCUGCUCGUCGACGUGGCCUGCGGGAACAAAAAGUGCCCGGUUCUGCUCAAAGCCGAUUGGUUCGUGGCGCUGGCCGUCUUGAAUUCCGCCAUGAACCCCGUCAUCUACACGCUGGCCAGCAGGGAGAUGCGCCGGGCGUUUUACAGGCUCGUGUGCGGGUGUCUGCUGAACGGUGCGACGGGGUGCAAGCAGAACACGGACCCCAGCCGGAGCAAAUCCAGCUCCAACUGCCCUCAGGCGGCCGAACAGGAAAACCCAGACGCCAAUGCACAGAAUCAGACUAACACAAGCCGAAGCACUCAGUGUGUUUGCUGAAAUGCACACACUACUGCAUUAGUGCAUGCUACAGAACUUUUUUAAGUGCACAAUAAAGCAUCAGCACAUGUUAAGUGCAUAUUGAACAGUGGAAAAAACGUCCCGAGAUC